AUGAGUGAAAACGAAGUCAAGGACUCUGAGGCUAUUCAUCUGGAGCAAGCACAAUUUCAAGAUGCAAAAGAUGUUCAGCACGUUCAGGUGCGGUCUGUUGACCAGGCAUCCAUUCGCCGAAAGUUUGAUCGUCGCGUUUUACCAAUAGUCUGCAUACUGUACAUAUUGUCUUAUCUCGACCGAGGAAACAUCGGAAACGCAAAGACAGCAGGUAUAGACACGGCGCUUGGUCUCGACGACAAGCAAUGGUCCUGGGUGCUGUACUCAUUCUACAUAUGCUACAUUCUAUUUGAGUGGACUACGGUGUUGUGGAAGAUUCUACCCGCUCAUACUUAUGUUGCUGUUCUUUGUAUCUGUUGGGGAGCAGCCGCCAUGUGCAGUGGUGCAGUGACCAAUUUGGCUGAGCUGAUCGUCUGCCGCUGUCUCUUGGGUAUAUUUGAGGCUGCAUUUGGGGCAGGUGCACCCUACUUUCUAUCGUUAUUCUACCAGAGAGGGGAGCUUGGAUUCCGGGUCUCCAUGCUGCUGGGAAUGUCACCUGUGGCAAAUUGCUUCGCAAGUGCACUUGCCUUUGGCAUUACUCAUAUCCAUAAUUCCAUUGCGCCGUGGCGUCUUCUAUUUAUUAUUGAAGGAGCGCCCACAGUCCUCUUCUCCAUCAUUGUCUUCCUUUUCCUCCCUGACUCCCCAGGAACUGCCAAAUGUCUGACCGAAACCGAACAAACCCAAGCUGUUGAACGCCUCCAAACCGUCGAUCAGACUGCUAAAAACCGGAUGGAAUGGAAGCAAGUCCUCCAAGGACUAGCAGACUAUAAGAACUAUGUCCACAUGACAAUCCACUUCUGCUGCAACUACUCAUUUGCCGGACUCUCCAACUUCCUCCCUACUAUUAUCGAAGAAAUGGGCUACACCUCCGUCAACGCACAGGGACUCUCGGCGCCUCCAUACUUCGCGUCAUUCCUCCUCUGCAUUGUAGCUGCCGUUAUAUCUGAUCGAUGGGGAUAUCGAGGAUUGGUGAUCACCGUGUCUGCGAUAGUCGGAAUGAUAGGAUACCUCAUUCUCGCCGCGGUGGAGGAUGAACAUAAAACCGGGGUGAGAUAUUUCGGAGUGUGGCUGGCGACCUGCGGAGUAUUUCCUGCGCUGUCAAUUAAUAUUACUUGGCUGUUGAAUAACCAGGGAGGAGACUCGAAGAAGGGGGCUGGAAUGGCUAUAUUGGCGGUUUUCGGCCAGUGUUCGAGCUUUGUGAGCAGCUCGGCCUUUCCGGAUUCUGAAGGACCGUUCUAUGUUAGAGGCUGCGCCAUUGGGUGCGCAUUGACUGGACUGAUCGCCGUGCUGGCGUUAGGGCUAUAUCUGAAAUUGAGCCAUGAGAACCGGCGACGGGACCGAGUGUAUGGGACGGUGGACGCGGAUGUCCGGGUAGAUGUUACGAGAGAGGGAGACAAUCACCCACAGUUUCGGUACUUGACUUAA